AUGGAAGGGUCAUCAUCACCAUCGCAUGAAGAAGAGAGAAGAGCCACAUUCUAUGCGUACCAUCCAUGCUAUUUUCUUCAAGAAGCACUCAGGGCUCUUUUGAGGUGUCUUGGUAUUGAGUCUGGAUCCUCAAUGUGUUCACAGGCAAAACAAGAGAGAAGCUCACUGCCACAAACUCAUGCUGCUGCAGAUCCACCAUCCACAACAGAGCAAACCAUUCAAAGCGUGGUGGUAGUCGAAGGUCUCCAAUUAGCCACGGAUCAGGCCCUCAGCAUAAUUAAUAUAUGCCAUGGCUCUGCACUUGGAUGUUUUGUACCAGUUCAACUUCUCAGCUGUCAGAACUUUGAAGAUGUGGUAUUCGAAGGUCAGGACUUACUCUAG